AUGAUCGUUAGCCUCCAGCUCUAUGCAUUGGAUCAUUAUUUUGGGCUUGGUGACUUUACUGACAGCCACAGCCCGAGAGCUGCCCUCGCACAAUAUACAUGCGAAUGUGUUAGAUGAGGAUCCUUUGGGGAAAAUUGCAAGUGAGCGUCGCGCUGGGAAUUACUAGGCUCGCUAGGGCUUCGCACCUAAGGCCUGCUUUUCACCGCAGAGCUGGUGCUUCCCUAUGGAUAUCCGCUACAAGUUCAUCGCGUGCAAACAGAUGAUGGAUUUAUCCUGACUUUGCUGCGGAUUCCGGCCUGCGUCAGCGGGAAUGCGUCCGCGUCAGAGCAAUCCCGCGUCACAAGCAGACGGCUUAGCAGAGCUGACAGUAUUUGCUAUGAUACGGACCCGCCCGUGGUUCUGCUUCAGCACGGUCUACUGGACUCAGCAGCAGGAUUCCUAGUCAACGGCCCUGGGAGGAGCUUGGCAUUCCUGCUGUCAGACGCAGGCUACGAUGUGUGGUUGGGCAACAUGCGCGGCAACUCCCUCAGCCGUACACACGCCACCCUCCCCGCCACCGACGCGCGCUUCUGGCUCUGGUCGUACGACGAAAUGGCCGCGUACGACCUCCCAGCCAUGGUACGAUACGUGCUGUCGACGACUGGCGCCCGCUCCCUGCGCUACGUGGGUCACAGCCAGGGCACCACGGUGCUGCUGGCGGCGCUGGCGGGGGCGGGCGGGGCGGGGGCGCCGGGGCGGCCGGCGGGGGCGGCGGCGCUGCGGGCGGGGGAUGUGGAGCGCGCGGCGCUGCUGGCGCCCGUGGCGGUGGCGAAACACAUCGCCAGCGUGCCGCUGCUGGCGCUGGCGGCCAUGGGUACGGAUGGUAUGUUCAGCCUGCUGGGGCUGCACGAGUUCCUGCCCAGCCAGCAGCUGGUGGCGGCGCUGGAGGGCCGCCUGUGCGCCGCGCAGCCGCACCUCUGCGUCAGCUUCCUGGCGGCGCUGUGCGGCUACAACCCGGACAACCUGGACACCCGCCGCCUGCCGCUCUACCUGUCGUACACACCCGCGGGGACCAGCGUGCAGAACAUGGCGCACUGGGCGCAGGCCGUGCGGUCGCGAGUGCCCAACUCCAUGAGCUUCUUCGACUACGGCUCCGACUGCUCCGCCCGCGGGGGCAGCGGCCGCUGCAACCAGCUGAUCUACGGCAGCCCGCUGCCGCCGCGUUACAACCUGACCGCCAUCAGCACCCCGCUGGCGCUGUUCUCAGGCAGUCAGGACCGGCUGUCCACCCCCAUCGACCUGGAGUACCUGCUGGAGUCGCUGGGCCCCGGGGUGGUGCGGCUCGCCCGCAACAUCCCGUCGUACGAGCACCUGGACUUCAUCUGGGGCAGCGACGCCAGGGAGGCGCUGUACGAGGAGGUACUGCGCUUCCUAGCGGGGUAGCAGGAGGGUGAGGGGGGAGCGGCGGAGGCAGGAUGGAAGGAGGGCGGGGGUCAGGGCAGCUGAGGGGGCGGUGGCGGACUGGCUGCUUGUUGGGGAGUUGUGCUGGGAAGGGAACGGAAAGCAGUAGGAGGAGUUGCUGUGGUGCGCAAGCUUGGAUGACGAAGCGGAAAGCGUUGCUGCUGUCACGGUCGUUGUAACGCGUUGUACCUUCAUGUACCUCUCGGAUUGUACCAUGGAACCCAACCCCUUGUAGCGUAGAUGUACAGCUGGUGUGCGAGGAAUGCACUUGGGCUAUCGUCUUUAGUACCUAGCCACUGCACUGUUUGUUACGGUAUGUUUGUUAUGCACUCGAACUCGUUGACAAACGAUGAGCUACUUUUGGCAGACGUAGGACUGCAGUUGUGUUGCAUUACCGGUAUUGGUACCGCCGCAUCCAUGCAUGGCGCUAUUGCCAGCCAGCAGCUCUGCCGGCAAGAGAGCAUGGGCGGCGUUCGCCUCCACCGUCAUGCUAUGAUGACACUGGCCUUCUCUAUGCCCUAGGACGGAAGUUGCAGGGUCGCGCAUUGUUUCCGCCGCGACGUGUAGGUGUUUGCCGGCAUAGGUGCUAUGCCAGAGGAAACAUGUGUGCCCUGACGUAACACGAAUGGGAUGUACGACGUGUUGAUGAGACGUACGGCAGGAGGGGAGUUGUUGUUAAGACGCGCCACUACAAUAAGAAUGAAGGUAUCGUUUUGCCGCUUUGCCCGGCUAUACCGCUUGAUGAAUCACGCCUACAGCUGUCUAAAGACCACGUACUAGGUAAGAAUGGCUUGUCGGGAAUAAGCUACUGUAACUAGGCAAGGGUUAAGGCC